AUGGUGGUCACCACAACUACUACAGCCACGGCAGCAACUGCCUCUGCUGUGGCUACCACAACAGCAACUGCUACCACGUUGCCAUGACCACUGCUACUUUGGACUUGCGUGAUUGGCUUUUUCUGUGUUAUGGACUUAUUGCAUUUUUGACAGAGGUAAUAGAUAGCACUAACUGUCCUUAUGUAUGCCGCUGUGACAAUGGCUUCAUCUACUGUAAUGACCGAGGUCUGACCUCCAUUCCAGCAGAGAUUCCAGAUGAUGCAACCACCCUCUACCUCCAGAAUAAUCAGAUAAACAAUGCUGGGGUACCACCAGAGCUGAAAACAAAGACCAACGUUCGAGUAAUCUACUUGUAUGAGAAUGACUUAGAUGAAUUCCCACUAAAUCUUCCUCGGUCAUUGAGAGAGCUCCACCUUCAAGACAACAACAUUCGCAGUGUUACACGGGAUGCCCUUUCUCGGAUACCACUUAUUGAAAAGCUUCACCUAGAUGAUAACUCUGUCUCAACUGUCAGCAUCGAAGAUGAUGCCUUCUUAGAUACCCGUCAACUUCGGCUACUUUUUCUUUCACGCAACCAUCUCAGCAGCAUUCCUAAUGGCUUACCGCACACUUUGGAAGAGCUGAGAUUGGAUGAUAAUCGCAUUUCAACUAUCCCACUUCAUGCUUUUAAAGGACUCGCUAAUUUGAGGAGGUUAGUACUUGAUGGAAACCUACUGGCUAAUCAACGCAUUGCAGAUGACACAUUCAGUCGACUUCAAAAUUUGACUGAGCUGUCUCUAGUCAGAAAUUCACUAGCAGCGCCACCUCUAAAUUUGCCAAGUGCACACCUUCAGAAGCUUUAUUUGCAGGACAAUGCUAUCACCCAUAUACCCUACAACACUCUGUCUAAAAUGAAACAACUACAGAGACUGGACCUCUCUAAUAAUAACCUUACUGCUCUCCCCCGUGGCCUUUUUGAUGACCUAGAGAAUCUGAGCCAGCUGCUCCUCAGGAAUAAUCCCUGGUAUUGUGGCUGCAGUCUUAUGUGGCUACGGGACUGGGUGAAAGCUAGGGCUACUGUGGUAAAUGUGCGUGGCCUGAUGUGUCAGGGCCCUGAGAAAGUCAGGGGAAUGGCAAUCAAAGACAUCACACAUGAGAUGGAUGAGUGCUUUGAAGGAGGUCCCCAAAACAAUGCAGCCUCUGCACAUGCAACUCCUGCACUUCCUUCACUCACUACUCCACCCCAAGGUUCCCUUUUUACACUUAAAUCCAAAAGACCAGGUAUUCGGCUCCCAGAUUCAAACUUGGAUUACCCUAUGGAGAAUGGGGCAGCCACUAAAUCUUUGGUGAUCAGUGUCAAGCCACUGACGGCCGAUAGCAUUCGCAUCACCUGGAAGUCAUCUGUUCCAGCCAGUUCCUUCCGGUUGAGUUGGCUGAGACUAGGACACAGCCCAGCUGUUGGAUCUAUCACAGAAACAUUAGUUCAAGGAGACAAGACAGAGUAUUUGCUAACUGCUCUGGAGCCCAGAUCUACCUACAUAAUUUGUAUGGUAACCAUGGAAACAGGCAACACCUACUUUGCAGAUGAAUCCCCUGUAUGUGCUAAGGCAGAAACAGGGGAUGUUUAUGGCCCUACCACUACACUUAAUCGAGAGCAAAAUGCAGACCCCCUUGCUGGAUUACCUUUGGCAGGCAUUAUAGGAGGUGCCGUCACCCUUGUUUUCCUUUUUCUCAUCUUGGCAUCUAUUUGCUGGUAUGUCCAUCGAGCUGGACAACUAUUAACUCGAGAAAGAGCCUGCAGCCGUGGCAGCAGAAAGAAAGACGAUUACAUUGAGUCUGGCACCAAGAAAGAUAAUUCUAUAUUGGAGAUCAGAGGACCAGGGCUUCAAAUGUUACCAAUAAAUCCCCACAGAGCCAAGGAGGAGUAUGUGAUCCAUACCAUAUUUCCAUCUAAUGGCACCAGUCUGUACAAAAGUACCCAUACGAUAGGUUAUGGCACUCACAGGGGAUAUAGAGAUGCUGGUAUCCCUGACACAGACUAUUCUUACACAUGA